CUCGGGGAAUCAAUCCCACAGCGGACUACGAAGGUCAGCCCAUAUGAAAGCAAUAUCCUGACUGCAUUCACAUAUAACUACCACCCUAGCUUUAGCUUGUUGAGUCAAUCAUAAAUAAGUGGCAAUUCGGUCGCAAAAGGAAAAGUGGAAUUCUCUGUACAUAUAUUUUAGCUGAGACAAUGUUCGAUGAACAUUGGUGCAAGACUUGUACGUCAAAGUCUACGCACACCAUGUCCUAAUAUCUGCAUGCAUGAGAAGUCAAGCAUGCAUGUAGACGCAUGCUCGUAUUUUAAACUUGCCUUCCCUUGUGAUAAACGUCCAACUCGCCUGGCUGCAGAUCAUCAGAAGGUCCAAAGCCUCUCGGUCGAUGAUUGGCGAUGAAGUUCAACCCCGCGUGGCCAUCGGUCCAAACAGAGGCCGACGUGCAUGAGCCGCCGACCGGCAAACGUUCCACACGGUCGGGCCCCACCGUAAUAGAUCACUGCAUUAUCCUUGGCUUCCUUCGGCUCAAGGAACUCUUGACUGGAAGUACCCAGCGAUUUCUCCAGCGAGGAGGAAAACUAGCAAUACUGUCCCCAUCACCAUCUCAACGCUUGACCACGUACCAACCACACGUUAAACGCGGUUCUUACUGAGUCUCCUCCUUCAAUAUACUCUUUUCUUCCAAUACCUUCUGAACCUUGGUGAAUGAGAUGCUCCUCGAAGGGCUGCUCCACCAAUCCGAUCCUCAAAUUCUGCCUUGGUGGAAAGGAUGGGAGCUUAGUUAUCUGCAGGUCUUCCUCUAUCUCUCUCUCCAAAAUCGAAACCCAGGUGAUGCAUAGUCCACGAGCUCUGGUUGUGAAGUCCUGUAUGUCUUUCUUGUUCAUGUUUGAUAUGUCGUUCUGUUGAUCUCAGAGCAGCCAAGCACCGCCGAGGGAGGGGAAAAUAAUCAUCAGAAGCUCGAGUCUCGUUCUUAGAGAUGGAUGCGUUAGGAUCCAAUGCAAGGGAUGAGUUCCUGAAGAGAAUGGUAGAUGAUCUAUCAGUGCUCAUUACUGAGGCUGAAGAUGUUGCACUGGAAAAGGGGAGCAUUCGGAGAUUCUCGGAAUAUGUAGCCCAGCUGAGGACUCUCCUCCAGGAGCUCCGUGCCAAGAGGGUCCCCGACAAGCUCGAGUGGGAGGCCACGAGUUCUGUGCUGCAGAAAUUGCAAGCUGAAGUCAGGAAAGCCGGGGAUGUCAUCAAGGCCUACAAUUCAAGGAGCCGGCUUCAGCUCCUGCUCAAGUGCAAGACCAUGCUGUCCCAGCUGCAGCAAUCAGCCGACGAGAUCGCCAGCACCAUUCAGAAACUCUCCUUGGCCAACCUUGAUUCGAUGCUACAAUUGAAAUUCAAGGCUGAUGAGAUCAUCCGCGGUAUGCAGUCCAUCGAAUUCAAAACGGCAGCAGCAACUGAGUCCAUAGUCUCUGAGAUCGAGGAAUCCAUUGCACAGAAUAGCAGGAGCCGAGACCAUACAAUGAGGCUUUUACAUCAGAUUGCAGAUGCUGUUGGUGCUGCACCAGAUGUCUCCCUUGUAAGAAGCGAAAUUGCCCUGCUGAAGCAGGAGAAGGAAGAGAUGGAAGCUCGAAAGCAGCACGCCGAAGCACUCCAGCUAUCACAGCUGAUACAUCUGUUGUACAGCUCGGAGAUGGUCAUGAGCCCACCACCGGAAAGCCUCACCAUAAUGAGCCAACAGGACCACCUGAUCAAUUCCUUCACAUGCCCCCUCAGCGGCGAUCUGAUGGAAGAUCCAGUUGCCAUUGUUUGUGGGCAUAGCUUUGAGAGGAAGCCCAUUCUCGAAUACUUCCAAAUCGGAAUGAGGGAGUGCCCGACCUGCAAUAACGAGCUCUCUUCUCUGGAUGUAAUCCAGAACAUCUCGCUACGCAGUUCCAUUCAAGAAUGGAAGCAGAGAAAUGCCAAGCUCAGGCUACACAGUGCAGUAUCCCGCUUAGCCUCAGAUGAUCCCGAUGUGGUGAAUAGAGCACUUGAGAUUCUACUGGCUUUAAUGGAGAACACCAGUUACAUAGCUGAAGUCUCACAACAAGGUAUUGCUGCAAAGCUGGUGGAUUUGCUGAAAACCAAUGCAGUUGACACCAAGAAAGCUCUCAAGUGCAUCUGCCACCUUGCCCAUUAUUCUGAAGAAAAUAAGGAAGCAAUUGCUGCAAAAGGAGUCAUCCGUUGCAUCGUGAAGCAGUUCUGCAGAGGCGAGACUGAACCAGAAGGCCUCGUUAUCUUGUUGGAGCUCUCAGAGAACGAAGUGUUCGCAGAGAGGAUCGGAAAUACCAAGGACUCCAUCCCCUCCUUGGUCUCUCUGCUCCAAAAUUCCAAUCCAGACAUAUCUCAGAAAGCCCUGAAUGUUCUAGGCAAACUAUCCUGCAACAACAAAUUUGUCAUCAAGAUGGCGGAAGCUGGGUACUUUGAACCCUUCCUCGCUUGCUUCCAACAAGGCAAUUCAGAGAUCAGAGCUAACAUGGCCAAAGAACUGACAGGGAUGCACCUAUGGGAAAGCACUGCAAGACACUUUGAAAAUGAGCAGUUCAUCAGUGCACUCACAAAGACAUUGUACUCAAGCCCUCAGGACUACAAGUUGAAAUGUCUCAGUUGCAUCAAAAAGCUCUUGGCCUUCCCCAGAUUUGUGAGAAAGUUUCUUUCGGACAAGAACACAAUCCCAGCAUUGCUUGGCCUAAUACACUCGACCAUUUCCAACCAGCAGUUGAAGCAGGAAGCCAUGGAGAUCCUCCUCUCGCUUGUGGGAGCCAGCGAGCCAAAUGACUAUGAAACCAAUCCAAGCUUGGAGGAGCUGCACUCCCAGCACAAUAUCAAUGUCUUCCUCCAACUUGCUUCCACCACCAUUACUCAGAUCAAGGCUUCCUGCCUUCACCUGCUUCUGCUGAUGGCUCAGAAAUCAGAAAAUGCUCGGCUUCUGAUUCGAUCCGACCAAAGUGUGAUAGCCCACCUCUUCUCUAUCCUUGAAGGAGAUUCCAGAAGCGAUGUGAGGCUGCAAGUGCUGAAGCUGACAUGCUGCAUUGCUGAAGGCCAUCCAGGUGGAGUUCAACUCCCCCCAUCUCCUCUAAAAGAGACUGUGAUCACCACCCUUCUGAACAUCUUCACCAGUUCUACUGACACCGAGGAGAGAUCUGCAGCUGCUGGAAUCAUUGGCCGCCUUCCAUCUGAUGACACCACCAUCAAUGAGAUGCUCUGCAAGUCAGAAACCCUGAAGGCCAUCCAUGAGGUGGUCUGUGCCACGGACAGCAUGUACGAAGGGAUGAGAAGGGAACCACCAUUGCCAUUGGCUACCAGAUCCAAUUGCCUAUUGGAGAACACCCUUUCAGUCCUGCUACGCUACACUGAGCCAAGCAAGCCAGAGCUCCAGACGCAAGAAUCCAAGCUCAAGCUCAGUCCAUCUCUCAUCCAUGUCCUCUCCACAGGCAGCUCUCUCGCCAAGCAGCGGGCGGCCAUAGCUCUACACCAUCUGUCUCAAUCAAGCCAUCCAGACACUGAAACCGCUACCGUUAAGGCAGACCAGGCACAAGGCUUCUUCCAAUUAUUACAGUUCAGAAGGCUCCUCCAGCUCAAGUCAUGGUGUGGCUCCUCCACUCCAGGAGUGCAUCGGAGCCUCUGUCCUGUCCACAGAUCUGCUUGCUCAUCUCGACAUGCAUUGUGCCUUGUCAAUGCUGGUGCCGUGGGGCCACUGGUGCAGACAGUGGCGAGCGAGCUGGCAUCCAGUGCCUCAGACGCUGCACUAGUGGCACUUGAUAGCUUGCUCGAGGAUGAUGGCGAUGUCUCGUCUGCAGCAGCGGUCAUAGUGGAGAACCAGGGCAUGGAAGCAAUUCUAGAGGUGCUGGACAAAGGUUCCCUCUCCACCAAGGAGGUGGCUCUAGACCUCUUCUACAAGAUCUUGAAGCAUUCAGCAAUCACAAGAGAGCAAUCUCUGCGGUCAAGAGGGAUCCUCAUCAGCCUCCUCAGAGUAGAUCAGCUGAGGAAAAAAGCAGCUUUGGUGCUCAGCCAGACGGAUGUCAUUCCGCAGCAGUCUUCAUAUUUCUGAAGCUCUCUCAACCAAUCAUUUGACAUUAGAUUUUUCACAUUUAGAGAAGACAAACACUCUAUUUACCAAAAGAAUAAUUCAUUUUUGUACACAUGCUGUUGAAAGUAAUACGAGAAUAAUUAGAAUAGCUUUAAGCUGAUAGCACAAAUUCAUAAGUUAAAUAUUUUUUAAUUAUUAGU